UUCGCACAUUCAUUCGCAUCGGACAGUCCUGAGGGUGCGAUCGUACGCAUGUGAUGUAUCGAAAUCAGUGCUUUUCCAGACGCCACACCGAAUUGGUCGAUUUACGACGGGUGGCGCAAUGAAGUUAAUCCUGUACGCUUUGUGUGGAAUGUUAUACGCGUUGUUACAACAACCGAUAAAUGCAUCGGAUGUUAGCAUGUUAGCGGAUGAGGAGGAAAAGUUAGGUGACCGUGGGCCACUACUGGUGGAUAACUAUAUUCCUGUGACGAUGCAAAUUUUGCACCACUGUAUCGAGAUGAUACAGUACGAACCAACGAUGACACCACCACCGAUGGAUGCGGAAGUAGAGAAAAAUCCCACAACAACCACCAAGCGUCCACCUACCACAACGAUUGCUUCGACUUUACCGUCCACAACCUCCGCCAUGAAGCCAUCGGGAGAUAGCACAUUAACUACGGCUAAACCCCCAGCUGCAACACUAUUUCCAACCAGUCCCCAUAAACCGGGCUAUUAUGGACCGGAGAAACCUCCGCCAACGGUUGUGACAACAACGGUGAAAACCAUCACAACCAGCAGUACGACCACUGAGACGCCAAAAGUGAACGAAAGUCCCACCAGCGCUAGUUUGCUUUGGAGUGACAAACCCUUUGCCGAAUGGUUCUUGCAAAACAAACGCCGGAAGGUACAGCAGAAUGCCGUGUUGAACGUACAGUUUCUCGAUCCUUUACCGCUCAAGGUACUGCAGGAGUUUAACCGGGAACCGUAUGAACCGCUUGCUCUGCGACCGGAAGAUAAUGCUAACGAGUUCCGCCGGCUGUAUGAUGAUAAUUACCGUGGACCAAUCUCGGUGCUCGUGCUGGAAAAGGGCACCAAAAAGGGAGGCAAAAAGCGAGUACCUCCAACGAAACCCUACCUGCAUAUGCUCGUCCUGUAUGAUCUCUUGAAGCGUGAGGCAAAGAAAAAUAUGUACAGCAUCUAUGAGGGAUACUCUGAAGCCAUACUAAGCGAAUUGGAAAAAAUGAAUUUCUCGACAGCAAAGGAUCAACUACACUACGCCCUAACUCAACUGUUGGAACGCAAGGAUAUCGAAAAGUCGGACGUAGUUUCACGCGCGAAACAGAUGAUUACCGACUUAAACACUCGCAAUAGCCAGAUAUCGAUGACGCUGGAAGUUGUGCCUCCGCUACAGUUUGGAUUGUGAUUUAGACAACUAGACAACCCAUUACCUUAUGACGCACUUUAAAAAAUGCAAAAAUAAUAUAUUUACACAGUGUAGAAUGAAACUAGCAAUGCAACGCAUCUUUAGCUUAUUGCAUACC